AUGGCAUCCAAUUAUUCACUAACUGCUGGUGGAUUGUUAGUGAGACAGAUCAACUAUAGGGUGGUUUUAGUUCAGGUCUUGGUCUCAGUUUUUCUUUGCAUCAACAUUUUUCAAAUCAUAGUAUUUUUCAUGAAAGAUUCCUUCUACACAACCAUGCGCUACAUCUUAUUUGCUGUUAUAUUAAUGUCAGAUUGUCUGUUUUUAUUAAUGACUGAUAUUCUGCUCAUUUUGAGCUACAACAGUGUUUUUAUACAAACAUGGUUGUGUCUUCUUAUCUAUAUUGUUUUGUCUGUGUACACCUUUGUCACACCACUUACUCUGACAGCUAUGAGCCUGGAGCGCUAUGUGGCCAUUUGCAUGCCCCUGCGACAUGCAGAGCUGUGCUCCACACGCAGCACUCUGCACCUCACUCUCAUCAUCCACGGCCUCAGCUCUAUUCCCUGUACUGUUACUCUCUCCAUUUACUUUGCAUCAGCAGCUCGUGCAGUAUACACUCAGGGCAUGGUAUGCUCUGUGGAGAUCUUCAUCUUGUAUAGCUGGCAGGGCUACCUCAGAUCAGCUAAAGGCCAGUUUUACUUCUUAAUUAUGUGCACCAUGAUUAUUUUCUCUUAUGUUAAAAUAAUGAAAGUGGCCAAAGCAGCUUCAGAAAAGAAUAAAAAUUCAACAGGGAAAGCACUCAGAACUGUAAUUCUUCAUGCUGUCCAGCUGCUGCUCAGUCUCAUCCAGCUCUGGUGUCCUUUCAUAGAGUCUGCAGUUCUUCAGAUUGAUCUAAUGUUAUUCAUUAAUGUACGAUACUUUAAUUACGUAACUUUCAUUCUCGCUCCAAGAUGUCUGAGUCCUCUCAUCUAUGGCCUGAGAGAUGAAAUGUUUUUUUGUGCACUAAGGUACUAUGCUCUGUGUGGCUUAUACAAGAAACAAUCAUCAGGUUAA